CUGUAAAAGGGUCACCAGACACAUGUGCUGAUCCCUGGCUGUGCCCACCCACCAUCCGAGGUGAUGGCCAGUGGGAUGAGAGUUUUCCUGAUUCUGCUUUGGACAACAAACGUGGCUCAGCCAAAGCUGCCUCAAGGUGCAGGAGUUCAGGUUUUCCCACCUGUUAACUUCACCCUCACAGUCUCUGCAUUAGCUCAAGUCCUUUUACAUUGGAAACCAAACCCUGCUCAAGAACAAAACAACUCCACCAUUAGAUACGAUGUGAGAAUCCUGAGCCCUGUGCCUGAAGAGUAUGACACCAAGAGGACUCACAGUGUCCGAACAGCAGCGCUUCACAACGGCUUCUCCGCGUGYGUCCGGACCUUGCUCCUCCAGGAGGGCCUUCAGAUGAGCAGUGACUGGGUGAAGGGAGAACUCCCACCUCUGCCAGGUGCAGCAGAGACCUCUGUCACUAACUUGUCCUGUGUCACUCACGUCACCAUUCCUGGCAAUGUCUCUCUCCACUGCWCGUGGCUCCCUGGCCAGGGGGCACCAGAAGACACCAUGUACUUUCUGUUUUACAGGUAUGAGACACACACUGAGGAAUGCCACAAUUACAUCAAGGAUGAGUGGAACAGGAACAUUGAGUGCAGAUUUUCGAGUACUCARAUUAAACCUGGGGAGAUUGACAAACUCAUUGUCAUACACAUUAAUGGCUCCAGCAAACRUGCUGCAAUCAAGCCUUUCCAGCAGUUAUUUAACCAAAAUGCCAUUGAGAAAGUGAAUGUUCCCAGAAAUAUCAGCAUAUCCCUGGAGCAAAAUGAUCUCCUGGCCACGUGGGAGAAGCCAAUUUCUCCUUUCGAUAAGGAAUGUUUUGAAUAUGAAUUUUACCUCAUCAACCUGAAGUCAGGUAACAAGCAGAUACUGAAAAUCUCCUCAAACAGCUUCCGACUGCGGAUCGAUGUCACCAGCAGAUAUUCUGUGAGGAUGAGAGCCAACCACAACCACAUCUGCUGUGCCAGAGGAUUCUGGAGUGACUGGAGUGAAGUUAUUUCUGUUGGGCAAAAUAAACUGGAGAAUUCCAUAACCUGGGUUUUCACUCUGCUUUGUGUGUUCGUAUUCUGCACAUUCCUGCUUGUUGCUAUAAUAUGCAAAAUAAACCACCUGUGGAGUAGACUGUUCCCACCAAUUCCAACGCCCAGCAACAAAUUCCGAGACCUCUUCCCAGUUGAUUACGAGAGGGCACGGACCUGCACCAGCUCCACGGAGACCGAGGUGAGCAGCCUGGCYGAAGGUGUCCCCUGCAGCAUCCUCGAGGAUUCCGUGUUCUGA